GUCAUAUUUAGUGGCCGGAAAACGUGAAGGCUGACGCUGUUCGCACAGUGAAGGAUGGCCGGAGUGCUCAAGAAGACGACAGGUCUGGUCGGCCUGGCGGUGGCCCAGCAUCCUCAAGAUCGCCUGAAGAGCCUUUACUCGAAAAUCCUGGUCUCCCUGCAGAACAUACCCCAGGACGCCGCCUACAGGAAGUACACAGAACAGCUGGUCAACGAGCGCUUCAACCUGGUCAAAACCGAGCCUGAUGUGGAGAAGCUGGAGAAGAAAUUAAACGGUGGACAGAUUGAAGAGGUGAUUUUCCAGGCGGAGUGUGAGUUGACUCUGUCCAGGAAGAUGGCGGAGUGGAAGCCCUGGGAGCCACUAGUUGAGGAACCUCCUCCUAACCAGUGGAAAUGGCCCAUCUAAACUCGCCUCUGCAUACUAGUAAUGUAAUAAUUAUUUGUGUUGAUGUGUGUGAUCCGUGCCCUGCUUCCAACUAUGUAAUGUACAAAUAAAAGACCUGGAAGUGA